CCCUAACAUUGAAAGCACCCUCAUCAUAAAGUUUCAUGUUAACAAGUACUACUAACUAGACAAGCGCUUUCUACAGACUGUUGAUUGGUCUGGUGCCUACAAUAAAACGUCGAACGUCUUGACCCCAAGCCCUGUAUAUGAAAACAGUACAAAAUGGUAUGUUCUUGUCGUUUGAAACAGACCUGCUUUUGUAUGGAUACGCUGGCAUGAUGAUCUAAAUAGUACUGCCCCAGCCAGUAGUAUGCCUCGCGGCCCACCACGAGGUCGGAUGGCCAAAGCGAAUGGGCUUAGGGAAUCCAGACAGUCUCCCCCAUACUCUUCAUAGUGUCUAAAGGUUAACAGUGACUCAAUCAUCAUCGAGGAGACUCGCAAAAUGCAGCUGCAGAGCAUCAUCUACUCCAAGCCACCGGCUAUCGUCACUUUCUUGCUACUAACGAGCCUCCCACUCGUCGAUCUCACAUCGGUGGUGCGACCUCUCUGCGCAACUCACUUUGGGAGGCGCCUACUCCAAGGGGGCUCCAGCAGGAGCCUUGUAGACAGACUCUAUCACGCACUCUCCUCUACUUGUCUUCGUGUCCGCCUCUUGUUUCCAUUCCUCGCACGUUCGCGAUGCGGAACAUUCCCCACGCCAGAAGCGGAAGCGAAAUAUUGGUGCAUUGCUGCUCGUUACCGGCGCCACCUUGCACAGUCUAAUGCUCGCCGGCCGCCGCAAGAGACGUCUGAGAUACCUCUUGUGACUUACUAUACCCCACGUCUUCUACCUCCAUACCGCGACAUACAACAUUCCGACGAAGGAAGCAGUGAAUUUUCUAUACCAGCCAAAACAUUUUGCAAGUGGCAUAGGAUGGUAUUUCGGGAAUCGCAUCACCCGACUCUUGCCCAAGCAGCUGUACGCAUGAAGUAUUAUUCUCACAGAGACCUGAAAGAAAUGCAGCGGAUUGCGCGUCUUCUGUCAGACGAACAAGUUUUACGCCGGCCGUGGUCGCCAAAAUAUAGCAAACUUUGGAAGCGAUGGCUGGACACCAAGGGUCCAGAUGUAGUUAUCGUGUUUGAGUGAUGUACGACAAUUGUUGUAAUGCUGGUUGUAUCUGAUAAUAUACUUUUGUUUGUUUGCUUCACAUUUGGGCUUUUCGCAUGAGAUUUCUCCUCACCCUCCUACGCUCGCCGCCCAAGCCU